AAAAAUUCAUUGCGCUGGCUGGUCGGGUCCGCUCGUUGCAUUUCGCAGCUCUCGGCCCUCGGUGCGCUGAGCCCGUUCGAGCAGAGGCAGCAGUCGGUUUUUCGCAGCAGUCGAAUGCGAAUAGCGAGUGCAGCGGCAGCACACCACCACGCGCGCACCGCACCACACACCACCGUUCCGUUCACCCCUGUCGUUUCGAGGCCCGCCGAGUGGAUUGCAGCGGCAGUUCGGUUCGGGUCCAGCCGCAAGCCAGCCACAGCCAGCCGCCGACCGAGGCUCCGCCAGGCCCUUCAGGCCGAAUGCAGCGAAAUGCAUUUUGAUAGUAGGUCAGCAUGUGACGUCACUGUCGAGUGAGGGAGAAAAAUGGCGGAAUGCUCUUACUCUAGCUGCAUCCAAGAAAAACGUGCGAUCAAGAGAGAACUGCAGAAAUGGACCAAGGACCUCGUCUACCUAGUGGGACUGGAGCGCGUCGCUGAAGAGUUGAUGGGCAGACGAAGAUGGCGACAGUACCAAGCCCACGUUCUGGGAGCGGAGGCGAUCAGCAAACACGAGACUCAGACUGCCUGGGAGAAGCGCUCCAAGGAGGAGAUUGUCAAGGAGGAGGAGGAGGAGGAGCUGGAGGCAGCAGCGGAGGCGGCAGCCGGGGCAGCAGCCCCCGAGGAUCUCCCGAAGGACUGGCAGCCCGAAGACAGGUGCUACUUCUGUGACGGCGCGGUUCAUACGGAACCUUGCAGAAGUCCGCAGCCCUCCGAGAGCAGCCAGAGCUCGAUGGACUCCUCUCCCCAGCCGGCCUCUGUGGACCUGAACGCGGCCGUCGGCCUGCAUCCCGGCAGCCCGGCCUUCUCAAUCGAGUCCCUCAACAGAAUGGCCACCUCGCUGGCCGCCAUGGCCAGCAUGGCCGGCAACCCGGCCGCCGUCAUGGCAGCCGCGGCCGCUGCCAGCGGCACCGGCCCCGGGAUCAACCCCCUGCUGGCCGCCGCGCCUGGCUUCUUCCCCUGGUACCUCAGCCAGGCACUCGCCAAGCAACAGCAGCAACACCAACACCAGCAGCAACAACAACACCAGCAGGUUUCCCCCGCUGCCACGCCAUCCGGCACAGGAGGCGAGCAGCCGCUCGACCUGAGCGCCAAGCCGUCGAGCAAGUCAGACAGUCCGCUGGACUCGCCGACCUCCCUCAAGAUGCCCGGCCUGGACGUGAAGCCCAUUUUCCGGUUCAGAUUCGAUCCAGUAGAGAAUCGUUUAGUUUACGAAGGAGACAUGAACGAGCGAUCCGCCGCUCGGGCGGCGAAACCGCGACUCAGCAGCACCGUGGCCGGCCGACGCACCUACACCGAGGAGGAGCUGCAGGCCGCCCUCAGGGACAUCCAGAGCGGCAAACUCGGCACCAGACGCGCGGCCGUCAUCUACGGCAUCCCCAGAUCUACUCUCAGAAAUAAGGUGUACAAAUUAGAGCGGGAGCGGGAACGCGACCACCUGUUGAUGCAGUCGACGCCGCCACCACCGGCGUCGACGUCGACGCCGGCGGCAGCCGCCGACGACAACUCUGGCGACGAGGACGGGAGCAAGACGCUGUCCAUGGAGGAGCUGGUGCGCUUCUCGGGGCUUGACAAUCUGCCGGCGACCGACUCGCUGCGGCAGCUGCUGCAGAGCAGUUCUGGCGGCAGCAAAUCGUCGUCCGCGGCGCCGCCGGCGGCGCCUCCAUCCGCGUUUCCGGAGCCGCCGGCGGCGCUGGCUCCGUACCUGUCGCAGCUGCUCGGCGCCGCGUCGGCCGAGCAGCAGAGCGGCCUCGUCGAGCUGAUGAAGCGCAUUGGUGGUGCCGCCGCUGCAGAGAACAACAACAACGCCAGUGGUAGCGGCGCCGAGGCCACCAGCGAGGAGGAGACGACGCCCAAUAGCCUGCUGCGCAUUCCGUCCUUCAAGCCAAACGGCAACGAGGCCUCCGAGCCCCGCGGCAGUGGCUCCUCAUCGCCCUCGCUCGGCGUCAGCCUCCGCGACGUCAUCACCAAGAGCAUCACCCAAAAGUUCCAGUCGUCGACGCCGUCGAUUUCGGUGGUUGACCCAGCCACCCUGAUGGCGAACCCACUGAAGAGGAUGUCGUCGGACCCUGGCGGCGACCGCUUUUUGCCGCAUCACCAAAAGCCGCACCACUCGCAGCACCAGCAGCACCACCACCAGUCGCACCACCACCAACAACAGCAGCAGGCGGGCAGCGGCGGCGACAGCAAGAACAAGGGGGGCAAGGGCACGCGGCCCAAGCGCGGCAAGUACCGCAACUACGACCGUGACAGCCUGAUUGAGGCUGUGCGGGCCGUGCAGCGUGGCGAGAUGAGCGUGCACCGCGCCGGCUCCUAUUACGGCGUGCCCCACUCCACCCUCGAGUACAAAGUCAAGGAGCGGCACCUGAUGCGGCCACGCAAGCGCGACCUGAACAAAGCAAGCUCGUCGGGCGGGUUGCCGGAAGACAAGGCGAAGAUCGGGCCGCCGCGUGGCCCGCUGCCAAAGCCGCCUCCAGGGGGCGCUGGCGGCUUCCCGAACCUGGCGGCCAUGGCUGGGCUGGCGAACGGACUGGGCGGCAAGGGCCUAUUCGGGCCGGGGCCGCCGCCGCUGGCCUCGGCGGCCGGGCCGUAUCACCAGUUCUGGCCGGGGGCGGCCAACCCGUUCAUGAUCAACCCCGAGCUGUAUCAGGAGCAGCUGCUGGCCUCGCACAUGAUGCAGCGCAAGGCGGCCACCGACCCCGUGGCCGACCGCUUCUUCGACGGCCUCAUCCGCAACUCGCUGGAGCGGCCGGCGGCCGGAGGGGAGGCGGCCGGCCUCGCAAACCGUGCCCUCCUCGAGCAGUUGUGCCGGGGGCGGCCGCCGGCGGCCGCGGCCACCGCCGCCGAGCAGACUGUCGUCGACCUGUCGCAGGAGGACGAGCGGCCGGCCGCCGACUCGGACGACGAGUCGGUCAAGGCGGCCGACGACUGUGAUAGGAGGGAGGAAGAGGAUGCGGCCGACGGCCAGGGGACCAGCAGCACUGCGCCCAGGAAUUCUACCGACUGACCGACUGACUACGCUAAUUAGUUGAGAACGAGAUGUUUGAUACACACACCCACGCAUAGAAGGAAAUUUCUCACGUACACACCCCCUCUAUAUAUAUAUAUCUCUCUCUCAAAUGGACUGUAGUAGCUUGCAGAUCAAUCAAUUUAUCGUGUAAUUAUUUUGUGGUGGUAUUUUUACAAAUUAUUUUCUAUCUUGACAAUCUACAUUAUUGCCAAAGUCUAUUUAAAACUGAUUUACAACACACAUUCAUAAACACACACGCAUGUACACUUUCAUUCUCAAAUAAUGUCCUGCUGACUUGCGUCUCGCGAGAAUGUUAUUUUUUGCACGUUUGAAAUGGUGUCUUUCCCGGUUCGAAGACAAUGUCAUGCAUUUAUUUUGUUAUAUUAUCGUUGCUUUCACGUAAGGUGGCCGUUGAUGUUACAUAAAAUUUUGCGGCUUUUCGGCACAGGCCACGGUUACUUGGAAAUUCUCUAUCCACAAGUCUCGCGAAACAGCAAGCCGGGCAUUAGAAGAAUCGUCACCCGCGAAAUUUUCGACUGUGGUGCGUGUCGUCUACACGCAAAUACUCACAGUAGGGGGAAGGGGGCGGGCCAGUGCCGCCCCCGACGCGUCAAUGUCCAAAUGCACAUUUAUAAUUAAUUGGUUAAAGAGAUUUACGAUGUCUGUGAUUUCCUGAAAUAAUCUCUCGCGGUUAGACUCAAACACUCACACACUCACACGAUUGAUUGAUUAUGUACUCUCACUCGCAAGUGGAUUUUUCCAAUGAAGAAGUGCAAUUAAUGUGCGUCAGCCGCCCCUCGGUCGCCACGAACCACAGCCAGUGAAGCGGCGGGGGCGGCCCCGGGGAUUCUACAGACAGUUCAAUCGGUGUUCAUCGAGACUCACGUGUUCAUUGACCAACAACACACCCGAGGAAAAGUGCGGAGCAAACCCGAGACGUGUUAUUUUGAGAUAUAUAUAAUAAUUAUAAAGCUGCGUUUUUGCUUCACGCCCCCUGGUGGAGAACCUUUCUGUAUACAAGAAACACUUUUGUCGAGGAAUUGCCGCAUCAUUUUUCGAAUUGUAGACACGUUAUUAUGUACUGUGUGAUAUUUUGGAUGAGGAGGACGACGACGAUUUUCCAAUUACUUGUACUGUAUAGAGAAAAGCAUGAAGACUGGAGCAACGGAAGCGAAACGAAAUUGUGAUUAGGCACGAGCACGCCCCUCUGCGGGGGAGGCUGCCGCCCCGACCGCCCCCUGGCUGCUCCAGGGGUGGGCCCGGGCUGAGAAAAAUUAUUUGCUCUGUUUCUUAAUAGGCCUUAAAUCGCAAGUUAAUUUAACUCUGACUGCUUGUUUGUGAGCUGGCCUUCGAACGAUGUCCCUUUUGGGUCGGUGAAAAAAUCUGUAUUCAGAUUGGGAAAUUCAACAACCGAGAGUUGCGUCACAGGAAUUCUGUCAUUGCGCCGGCCGCGCAGUCAGGUUCGCUUUUUUUCCAUUGAAAGUCGUUUUUGAAAUUUAGAUAAAUGUAUUAUGUAAAAAACUUUUGUGAUCUAAAGGCUGCAUUUCGUUGAAAUUUGUGACGUCUCGAGCGCAUUUUAGGCGUGCUUUAAUUUAAAUCGAUCGAUUUUGAAUAUUCGCACUUGUGUUGACCGUUCCACAGAGCGAACCUUUAUUAAUAGACUUGGGCAUUUUGCUCUGCCGGCAUACAUACUAGAAUGGCCGUUCUCAGAUGGAAAAGAAUCGGUAUAAUUAACAAUUUUUGCAACUAACUUUGACCCUUAGAAAUUGUGAUGUUUAGAACCAUUCUUUAAUUGAGCUCUUCAAAUUCUUUAAUUUACUAUAUUUCGUGAUAUUUUUAUUUCAAAAUUGCUAGUUUGUUUAUGCGGCAACCCAUUUAUUUAAUUCCUUACUUAAAUUAACCAAAUAAAAUUCCCAAGUCUAUUUAUUAAUUUGUAGUGCCUUUGAAAAGUUGAUUUGACUGAUGGGAAUCGAAUCAAAAUUUUCGCGAGAGAAGUGUCUCUCAGUCGAUUUAGUUGAUUGAACUUGAAAAACCUAAAGGCCGACACGAGCGAAGAGUGGGACUUAGUUAAGGGCUGUGAUACAGUUGGAGUUGCAGACAUUUCGUGAAAUAGACAAGCGCGUUUUACGACAACACACACUCACAAGCAUACGACAUUUACACACACACACGCAGUCAUCAUUUCCACGUGAAUUUUCCACUUUAGCUUGACGUGCAUAAUAAUAUACGUUUUUCAGUAAAAAAAAAAGAAAUAAUAAUCAUCUCUCUUCUCUGUACAAAAAAAGAUUCAAACAACUUACGAUACAAAAUCACAAAUUAAGUAAAUGGUGUUUUUCCUGCGCAAUCAAAUAUUUGGGAGAAAUUCGAAUAUUGUUAUUAUGAAAUAAUGUAUAUCAAGUGACGCGCGCGCAGAUUAGGUAGCGAAGACGAGAUACAUUUUUCACUCUCCGAAACCAAAAUGGAAAUAUAUUUACUGAUGAAUAUGACUUUUACCGAGAAAAUCUAAAAAUGGCGAAAAACAAUAUUUUACACGCGUACGUACGGACACACACCCACACUCUGUCACUGAAUAAUAAAUGUGCAUUCUUACGAUUAGUUGCAACAGCGGUAAGUUUAAUUAUUAUAGUGGUACACACACACACGCAGACACUCAUAAUUAAUUGCUACGAUAUACAUACAUACAUACGUUCGUUGCCAGUGUAUUUUUUGUUUGAUUUCCUAUACCUGUACAUACCGUCGCAUUUUGUACUUGUUGUUUUCCACAUUUCGAAUCGAGCGCCUCUUGGAUUUUCGCCUACGUUUUCAGUCGAUGUUUCGUGCGGGGUGAGCGGUGGGCUCGGGGGUAAUUUUAGCGUAACACACCAAACGGGGCCGGGAAGACCUCGAGCCGGCCCUGCGGCAACACAUUCCUCGCUGAAUCCGCGCCAACCGACAGCCUUUUUCGGGGAGAAACAAAACUGUUAGGAAAGAACGCGGACUCGGUAACAGCAACAACUACUCUAAUAUACUUUGUAUAAAAUUAUACACACAUUCGCAACUUGCUUAGUUGAUCACACAUACACAAACACUCACUCUGAGGACGAGCAGUCAGUAGUUCAAAUACACACUCACACUUUUCAGAGAGAAACGGAGCGCUGAGAGAUGUUUGUAGUACACACACACACACACUUACACUCUGAGGAUGAAUAAUAACAAUCAAAUUAACAUUCACUGCCGUUUAUCUCCUAAGUAUAAUUUUAAUUAUGAAUGAUACGUGACAAAUUAUCGAGUGCACCGCCGCGGGUGCACCUUCAGAUGGACACUGAUUUACAACACACACAAGCGAUAUAUAUUUCCCGAGAUAAGUCCCAAGCGAGUAUAGAGAAACACACAUACACACACACACACAAACAAUAACAAACUGCUGAAGAUGAAUAAUUAAUUACAUAAAUAGGUGCUGUGAGAAGUGAAGACGAGAGAAAACAAGUAGUGAUUCUGAUUUACUUAAAUGAAUUAAAUGCUGCUUUUUGCUUUGCACCCGCAAUUGGAUAAUCAACUCACGACGAAAAUUAGCGAGCGCCACGUGUUGGGCGGGAAAUCGCUCGGGAAUUCGCCGUUCUUUUUUCUAUACACAGAAGAACUUUACAAAUAAAUGCAUAAUAAUACGCCUGCUUUUGCAAUCUCAUCAUCUAUAUGAUAACAGUAAAAUAAGACCACCUCUUGCAAUUGGAAUUCUCAUGAUUUUUGAAAAAUGGAAAAAAUGGUUACAAAUCUAAGAAGACUGUAUUUUAAAAUUUUUAAAUAAUCUAUAUUGAUUAGAUGCUAUUCGCGAUGAAUUACUCUAGCUGAAUUGAACAAACACGUGUAUUUUUGAUAAAUUUUUCCAUUCGUCGGCGAGUGGAGCGACAUUUCCCGCCUUGGACGCGGCGCCUGGAGUAAAAAAUAAACAAAAUCAUGCGGCGCUGUGCCUUGAGAAAUUUAUUCAUUUUAGUGCCAAUGGGAACAAAAAUACAAGCAAAUUUUGUACGCAAAUUGAGAAAUCAUUCCAUGCUUGCAUUUAAUUUCGACGAGGAGCGAGAUGCUGUGAACAAAAUAACAAAUUAAAUUAAAUCGGGCGAAAACACUUGACUUUUGAUUUGUACAGGACCGGUCUGCGCCGUUUUUAGCACACACCCGUACACAACACACCACAAGAAUUAUUUCAGUCGGGGCGAGUUGUGACGAAAAAGCGAUUUCGAGGAGAACAUAUCAAAACACGGGGAUUCUUGCAUGCGGAAAUAAUAAAAACUCACAUUCGAUCUUGAACUGCUAUUUUUUGUAACUCUCUAGUCUAAAGAAACACUUUCGCGCGCGCACUCGGAUUCGACCUUCCACACUUAAAAAAAUAAAUAACUAUUUUAAAAAGAUAGAAAAAAGCGGAGAGGCGCCGAGCGAGAAUCAAAAAGAGCGUUCCAAUUUUUUCCCUCCGCCGCGAGCAAGUCUGAAGAAAAUCGAGUCCGAGUCGGCUGACUUUUUGUUGCGUUUCCGACUUUGUUCAUUUCCAAUGAUCUUCUUGAUUGUUUUGCCAAAUUUGUUGUUUUUGCGACUGAUGAUAAUUUAAGAUCGUGAGUGGCUGGCUUGGGCGGGGCUAUGCAAAUUUAAAACUGAAAUCGAGCAAGACUGACUGAAAAAACAAGCAUACAAACAUAAUACUGUGUAGAAUUUUGCACGGCCAGCUGGCGAACUACAUACUUUUCUGUUGUUUUGUAUAAAUAAACUCAAGCGAAGAUCAUUCCUUGCUUUUUCGGCCAUCGGUGUUGACGAAAAAAUAUCAACUAACACGUGUUAUGCAUAAAUACAUAUUUGGAGAACUAUUGAAAAAAUAAAAAUGAAUCAACUUGUUCAUGCGAGAGCAAGUCUUUUUAAAGUAUGCGACACGAUGAAUAUUCAGCGAAUGAAUGAGCGCGAAUGAAAAUUUUCAGAACGUGUUUUUCCAUCAAAGGUGAUUUUGGUGUUUUUCGGAGUAAUUACAAGAAGAAAGUGUCUUUGUUUAGGGAAAUUACAAUUUAUUCAAUAUAAUCAAUGUUCAUGUGAAUUAUAUACAUUAUUAUUACUGUGACUGAUCAUUUUAAAUUUGUAGAAUGCAUUCAUGAUUAAAACAUAUAACAAAAAAAUUAAUAAAGUGAA